AUGACAACGACAAGCCGACUUCCAGUCUCAAGCACGUUCGAAGGAGAAGAGAGGAAGCACUAUGACGAGACUAAUUUUGAUGCCGAAGUUGCUUCGUAUGCCCCUCGCCUCCGUGGGCGUAAAUUAACCGUUUCGAUCGCAUUCGUUGCUGGUACUGGAUUUACGUUGUUUGGCUAUGACCAAGGGGUUAUGUCUGCAUUGCUGACCGCUGGACAGUUCGAGAAGGUCUUCCCCCAGGUUGUAGUAGAUAGCAGCCACCCUAACCACGCUACUCUGCAAAGCUUUGUUGUCGCUGUAUAUGAAAUUGGAUGCCUCAUGGGGGCUUUAUCUAAUCUUUGGGUAGGAGAUCGUUUAGGAAGACGCCAAACAAUUGCACUGGGCGGAUGUAUCAUGAUUAUCGGCGCUAUUCUCCAAACGACCAGCUACAGCUAUGCCCAAUUAGUGGUCGCUCGGAUAAUUACCGGCGUUGGAAAUGGCUUGAACACCUCCACGGUUCCCAGUUACCAUGCAGAGCUCUCGUCUGCUGCGAAACGCGGCGCGCUGAUAUUGAUUGAAGGGUCUCUCAUCACUUUUGGUGUCAUGCUCUCAUAUUGGAUCGAUUUUGGCCUUUAUUGGGCGAGCGGAUCUUCUGCUCAGUGGAGAGUCCCCAUCGCGCUUCAGAUAGUUUUGGCUCUGGUCAUGGUCUUUGGAAUCGGUUUCCUUCCUGAAUCACCAAGAUGGCUUGUAAAGCAAAACCGAAACGCAGAGGCCAUAGCAGUCAUAUCGGCGCUCGAGAACAAAUCUCCAGACGAUGUUGAAGUUCAACGCACUUAUCAUGCUAUCCGGGAAGCAGUUGCUAUCGAGGACGUUAACUCUAGCGGCAUUGGAGGCAAACAUGCGCUACAGAACUCCAAGCGUUCGCCUUUGAGGAAACUCCUCGUUGGCGGCCGGAGCCAACAUUUCCGGAGAACUUGUCUAGCAGUGAUCAACCAGUGUUUCCAACAAAUUACGGGCAUCAACCUGAUUACAUACUAUGCUACGAUCCUAUUUCAGCGCCUUGGUCUGUCGGAUGUUACCUCACGUCUUAUCGCGGCUGCCAACGGAACAGAGUAUUUCUUUGCCUCUUUGAUAGCCAUCUUCAUCAUAGACCGUAUCGGGCGACGAAAGCUCAUGCUUUUUGGCGCUGUGGGCCAGUGCAUAACGAUGAUAUUGCUCGCCGUUCUCGGCAGUGUACGAGGCACUGGAGCACAAGUAACGAGCGCCGUGCUACUUUUUGUGUUUAACUCGUUCUUUGCCAUCGGGUGGUUGGGCAUGACGUGGCUAUACUGUGCCGAAAUCGUCGGGUUGGAAAUUCGUGCGCCUGCCAAUGCCCUGAGCACAUCUUCGAAUUGGAUAUUCAAUUUCGUAGUCGUGAUGAUCACUGGCCCGUCGUUCAACAAUAUAUCCUGGGGCACUUACAUCGUAUUCGCUGCGCUCAACGCUUUAAUCAUUCCAGUUGUCUAUUUCUUCUUCCCGGAGACUGCAGGUCGUUCGUUGGAAGAUAUGGACGUCGUAUUUGCAUUGGCUUACAAUGAAGGUGUCUCGCCGGUCCAGGUCUCUCUACGGAAGGAUGUUCCUCUUGCAGGGUCACCAGAGGCUGAUAGGAUAUUAGGGAUAGAAACGAUAGACAAGAAAGUCGUUACUUUGAGAGAGACUUUGUGA